CUUCGAGCACGCCAUCUGAUCUGCAAUAUACCUCAUUGUGCUGCCCCUCCAAGCCCCUCCAAGCCUCCCGGUAAAAGCACCACGCAUACAUGGUGCAUACGCCAUUCAUCAUCCACUCGGAAGUUCUAGGACGACUACUUAAGUAACACAAUAUAAUCUUGUAGUCUUGUCUUGUCUUGUCUUGUAACGUUUCGUCUCCUCUCCUCUCCUUUCCCUUUCCUUGCCUCAUAAAUUUUGCUCCUUUUCGCAGCCCUCUCUCUCUCUUUCUCUCUCUACCGACCGAUCUCGGAAUCGUUCAAAAUGGCACCCGGAGUGCAGGUUGACCUGCAGCCAACCCCACCCCACCAGUUGUCGAGCCAAAAGGUUGUUGACAAGAAAAAUUUCCCUGAUGGAAUCAAGACAUCGGGGCAGCAUCCCCCAUUGUACGACCUGAUAAGACCUUAUUCUAAAUUUCCGAAAACGAUCGAUGGCCCCACUGUGUGGAAAGCAGAGGAUUACACCAGUAACCCAGAACGAUGGGUCCAUGUGUUCAGUUCAGAGGAAAUCGAUGAACUCAGCGCUACUGCCGAUAAAUUCUUAGCUGACAAGACUCCCCUGACCGGUAUUUCGCAGGAUACGUUCGCCCUGCCGAGACUUUCUGUUCUGCUCAAGUCCAUCCGCGCCGAGAUACUUAAUGGCAAAGGUUUUAUCUUGUUCAAGGGAUUUCCUGUCGAGAAGUGGGGAAACCACAAAUCUGCUGUUGCAUAUAUGGGACUCGGUACAUAUUUGGGUUAUUUUGUCAGCCAGAAUGGUCGUGGCCACGUUCUAGGACACGUCAAGGACCUUGGUGAUGAUCCAAAACAAAUCGACAAAGUUCGCAUCUAUCGCACAAAUGCUCGACAAUUUUUCCAUGCCGAUGAUUCAGAUAUAGUUGGUUUGCUUUGCAUUGCACGAGCUCUCGAAGGAGGCGAGUCUGACAUAGUGUCUUCUCAUCACGUUUGGAACACCCUUCAACGAGAACGUCCUGAUGUCGCCGAAACUUUGACCAAGCCAAUCUGGUACUUCGAUCGCAAAGGCGAAACAAGUGAGGGCGAGGAGCCUUACAUUAAAACUUCUGUGUUUUACUUGGAAAAGGGCCCGAACGGCAGAGUCUAUUCAAAAUGGGAUCCCUACUAUGUGAAAAGUUUGGAUCGCUUUAUGGAUGCUGGUGUUAUUCCGCACCUGUCACCGGAGCAAGUGGAGGCUGCUAAAGUUCUAGAAGAGACUUGCCACCGCUUGAGACUUCACAUGAUCCUGGAAGUUGGCGAUAUUCAAUUUUUGAGCAACGAACACGUACUUCACGCACGAACAGAGUACAAGGAUCACGCCCCGCCGAUGCCUCGAAGGCACUUGAUGAGGUUAUGGUUAGCUACACCGGAGAGUGAGGGUGGUUGGAAACUACCCUUCCACGAUUCAGCGGAGAAAAAGAGAGGUGGAAUUCAGGUCAACGAUCAGCCUCAUGUUUGUCCCCUCGACGCGGAGUGAGCAACAUGCAAGUUUACACCCGGGAAAAGAAAUUAGCAUAUACAACAAGUUGGGGGCACGCUGAGAAAAUCGUUUUGAUUAGCAUAAAGUGUCGAAGCACAACUUAGAGCAUCCCGCAGGGGAAUAUUCAAAGUGAAUCUUGUAGUUAGAAAACAUGGGCCACCAUUCAUUGUAGUAUCUGGGCGUACAUUGCAAGACAAAUAAAUACUCAUCCCCC